CUAUUAUACCCAAAAAGUAUAAUUUGUUUUUAAUUUUAGGAAAAAUUUUGACGACGAUAUAAAGGACGGCAAAAUCGUCCGACUCAUAUAUCGCGGUCAGCUGUUGCAGGACGACGCGCGAUCACUGGCCAGCUACGGCGUCUAUGACCACUGCGUGAUGCACUGUUACGUGAGCGGCCGCGCGCAGUUCCCGGCCUCUGAACAGAGGGACAGGACUCAGAACGCUGUGGACGGCAACGAUGAGGCGACCCGAUGGCGGUCGCUCUUGGCGUUCGACGUUGGCCAGUACGUUUACGUGAUUUUCACCAUCAAGUUCAUCACAUUGUGGACCGUCCUGUAUAUGUAUCCACAGUAUUUCGACCGCACUGCCGUCUUCUCGUUGAUCAUGUUCACAUUACUGUUUCUGACGUUUCUGUACGGUUCCCACAGGAAUCGAGUACCGAGACUGCGUGUCGGCCCUUCCAACUGA